UACUAUCUUUUAUCACUAAUAACUACAAAACCUCGUGGACCUUGUGAUACUGUGAAAAAGAAGCAUUAUUACAAAUAUUUUUUUACUUGAUGAUGUUUAUUUGUUAAUUUUUAUAAAAUAAUAUUUAAAUAUGGGAAGAAAAGCGAAAUUCGAUGAUGUUGGGACUGUUAAACAAAUCAAAGGGCCUGGUCGAAAAGCAAAAAAACAAAAACCACCUAAAAUGUUACCGGGACUUCCAAAAGUUGAAGGAGAAAAUGAUCUUAAGAAGCUAAGUCAUCGGCAAAAACAAAGAGCUGCUAGAAGAAUAAAGAAAAAAGAAGAAAUAAAGUUGAUUAGAAAAGAAAAGAAGAAAGGUGUUAAAAAAGAAGACAAUAUUCCAAAUAUUAAUGAAAAAUCGGAUUCAAAGAAUAUUGAUACAAAAAAUAUUAAAAGUGAAAUUAUAAAGCAAUUUUCUGAUAGCAAUAAUAGUUGGUUGAAAUCAAAAAAUUCAAAUUCUGUUAUUCCUGAAAGAGAUGAUGACAUAGAAAGUUAUGAUAGUAAUUCAGUUAUAGAUGAUGAACAAUCAGAAGAAAAUGGAUUGGAAAGUUUUGAUGAAGACAUUUCAGAUGAUGAUUAUUUAGCAGGUACAUUGGAUGAUGUUGAUAGUUCAAAUGAAUCUGGUAUUGAAGAUACUAUUCCUAAAAAGAAGUUAUCUACAAAAAAAAGGAAGGCAGAAGAUGAAAGUGAUGAUGAAUUAUUGCCAAUUGAAAAAGCAGCAAAAAAAUUAAAAGCUGCAAAAAAAAAAGAAGAAGCUAAAGAUAAUGAAGAAAUGAAAAUGCAAAUUAAUGUAGCAAGUCAAGAUGUUUUUGUAUUUCCUGCUGAUGAUAAAAUUGAUGAGCAUAUUCCCAUACCUGAAGUAGAACAGAGGAUUAAGGAUAUUUUAUUGGUUUUAUCUAAUUUCAAUAAAUUUCGUGAAGAAAACAGAAGCCGACAAGAUUAUACUGCAUUAUUACUUAAAGACUUAUGCACAUAUUUUAGUUAUAAUACAUUCCUUAUGGAAAAAAUUAUGCAUUUGUUCCCACUUGAAGACUUGAUGUCCUUUUUAGAAGCUAGUGAAACACCACGGCCUGUUACUAUUCGAACUAACAGUUUAAAAACUAGGAGACGUGACCUUGCACAGGCAUUGAUCAAUCGUGGAGUUAAUUUGGAUCCUAUUGGUAAUUGGUCUAAAGUGGGACUUGUUGUAUACAAUUCUACUGUUCCAAUAGGUGCAACUCCUGAAUAUUUAGCUGGACAUUAUAUGCUUCAGGCUGCAUCCAGUAUGUUGCCUGUUAUGGCAUUAGCUCCUCAAGAAAAUGAACAUAUUUUAGAUAUGUGUGCUGCACCUGGUGGUAAAGCUUCUCACAUCGCUGCUAUAAUGAAAAAUACUGGAGUUUUAAUUGCUAAUGAUGUAAAUAAAAAUCGUGCAAAGGCAAUUGUUGGUAAUUUUCAUCGAAUGGGAAUUGCCAACUCUGUUAUUUCAACAUAUGAUGGUAGACAUAUUCCUCAGAUAUUCAAAAACUUUGAUAGAGUAUUGUUAGAUGCACCAUGUACAGGAACUGGAGUCAUAAGUAAAGAUUCUGGAGUUAAAAUGAGUAAAGAUGAAACUGAUUUGCAAAGGUGUUUCACUCUACAGCGAGAAUUAUUGUUGGCCGCUAUUGACUCGUUGAAUUAUAAAAGUCCAACUGGUGGUUAUUUAGUAUAUUCAACGUGUUCUGUGCUUGCAGAAGAAAAUGAAUGCGUAAUAGAUUAUGCUUUAAAAAAAAGGGAUGUAAAAUUAGUUGAUACAGGAUUAACUUUUGGUACUGAAGGUUUUACAAAUCUUCGACAGCACAGGUUUCACCCAACUAUGAAACUUACAAGACGUUAUUACCCUCACACUCAUAACAUGGAUGGAUUUUUUGUUGCUAAACUCAAAAAGUUUUCCAAUGUAAUUCCUAAAAAUGAAGAAUCAGAAAAUGAAGAAAAAGUUGACACAAAUGAUAAUAAUGAUAAUGAUAUUAAUGAUGAAGUCCAAAAUACUAAAACAGUAACAUUUAAAAAAAGACCUAAACAUGGCCGUGGUAAAAAUAGAACUGAAAAAAAAUAAAUUAAUUGUAUUAUUUUGUUUAAAUUACAACAGUAAAAUAAAUGAAUAAUAAU